AGCGAGCAAUCUACCAAAACAAAAUAAAUUAGCUUCAACUGAGCUGAAACUCUCACUCCUUUCCUUCAGCAGAGCUCCAGGAACAAGGUAUAGGGAGGGACAAAAUAAAUCUAAUAGUAGGGUGAAAAUGGUGGUUUUUGCCGCGAGAAAGGUGGGCCAGGUGGUCUCCAAUGUUGGCGGGAACGGAGUAGGCCAGAUUCUGGCUGCCAUAGCCGCGGCUCUGUUGUUCCGAUUGUUUUCUGGACCCGGACCUGCUCUCGUUCCCGAAAACGAGCCUGACGGUGAGAGCGAAAACGACGAUGUUGCCGGAGACGAGGCUCCCGUCACCGGAAAAGUUUCCCCGGUUACAAUACGGUGGAGCAACAUCACGUGUUCGCUCUCCGAUAAGUCCUCGAAAUCAGUUCGAUUUCUGCUUAAGAAUGUGAGCGGAGAAGCUAAACCCGGAAGGUUGCUUGCCAUAAUGGGGCCAUCAGGUUCCGGAAAAACUACCUUGCUUAAUGUUCUGGCAGGUCAACUAAUGGCAUCCCCUCGUCUGCAUUUGUCCGGUCGAUUGGAGGUCAAUGGGAGGCCUAGCUCCAACAAAGCUUACAAGUUUGCUUUUGUGAGACAGGAGGAUCUCUUCUUCUCGCAGCUGACGGUGCGGGAAACACUAUCUAUUGCUGCUGAACUUCAGCUCCCCAACCUAUCUUCUGUUGAGGAGAAGGACGAAUAUGUGAACAAUCUCUUAUUCAAACUAGGCUUGGUCAGUUGUGCUGAUACCAAUGUUGGUGAUGCCAAAGUUCGUGGGAUCAGUGGUGGUGAGAAGAAGCGAUUAUCACUAGCAUGUGAACUGAUGGCAAGCCCAUCUGUCAUAUUUGCUGAUGAACCCACAACAGGACUAGAUGCUUUUCAAGCAGAGAAAGUAAUGGAAACUCUCCAGCAACUUGCACAGGAUGGACAUACUGUGAUUUGCUCUAUACAUCAACCUAGAGGUUCUGUCUAUGGUAAAUUUGACGACAUUAUUUUGCUGACAGAGGGUGCACUUGUAUAUGCUGGCCCAGCACAUGAUGAACCUCUGCAGUACUUCUCAAAAUUCGGGUACCAAUGUCCAGAUCAUGUGAAUCCUGCGGAGUUUCUGGCUGAUCUCAUAUCUGUAGACUACAGUUCUGCUGAAAGUGUCUACUCUUCUCAGAAAAGAAUAGAUGCUCUUGUUGAGGCAUUCUCCAGACAGACAUCAGAAAUUCUUUAUGCUACUCCACUUACUAGUUCCAAGCAUGGCAUGAAGUUCAGCACAAAAACUGUUGUUAAGAAGAAAAGGGGCUGGUGGAGACAAUUUUGGUUGCUUCUUAAACGAGCAUGGAUGCAAGUUAGUCCUUCAACUGCUGAUCAUAUUUACUUCAACUCUCUCAAAGGAUAUGAUAGGAUUGAAGAUAAUGCUUUCAUUGCUUCUCGGGAUGGGCCAACAAACAAAGUUCGAGCUAGAAUGUCUAUCGCAUCGGCUCUAAUAUUUGGGUCUGUUUUUUGGAGAAUGGGAAGAUCUCAAACAUCCAUCCAAGAUAGAAUGGGACUACUUCAGGUUGCUGCAAUUAACACUGCAAUGGCUGCUCUUACAAAGACUGUUAGUGUAUUUCCCAAGGAACGUGCCAUUGUUAACAGAGAGCGUUCAAAGGGGUCUUAUUUGUUAGGACCUUAUCUUCUUUCCAAACUAAUUGCAGAGAUUCCAGUUGGAGCAGCAUUUCCUCUAAUGUUUGGUGCUGUGCUGUACCCAAUGGCUCGUCUCCAUCCUACCUUGUCAAGAUUUGGGAAGUUCUGUGGAAUUGUAACUGCAGAAUCUUUUGCUGCAUCAGCAAUGGGUCUAACUGUUGGGGCUAUGGUCCCAACCACUGAAGCAGCAAUGGCCUUGGGACCCUCUCUUAUGACAGUUUUUAUCGUAUUUGGAGGAUAUUAUAUCAAUGCAGAUAAUACACCAAUUGCCUUCCGUUGGAUUCCACGUGUUUCACUCAUAAGAUGGGCUUUUCAAGGGCUGUGCAUCAAUGAGUUUACCAGUCUUGAAUUUGAUCAUCAGCAUACCUUUGAUAUUCAAACUGGAGAGCAGGCCCUUGAACGGUUCUCAUUUGGAGGGAGUCGUAUCAGCGAUACAAUUAUAGCACAAAGUAGAAUAUUGUUGUUUUGGUAUUGCUCCACUUACCUCCUCCUUGAGAAAAACAAACCCAAGUACCAGCAGCUUGAAUCACCUUCUGCAGAGCAGAUCCAACCGCAGCUAACACUUGAGCCUUUAGAAACUGACCCGGACCAGCCUCCUCUACCCAAACAAGUAGAGUCAAACCAGCAGCUUGAAUCACCACCGCUUGAUGAAAUCAGACCAUUUAUCCUAGAAGGUGCUAAGUAAAAAGGAGAUGUCUUUGCAAUUAAGGAGUGCCUAAUGUGCUGGUUUAAUACCUGUACCAUGACAUUUCAUCGAUGGUUACUAUAGGAUAAGACUGCAUGUUAAAGGUAAGAUCUUGACAAUUUUCUUCCAAUAAUUGGCUUGUGUUGGAAGUAAUAAUGACCGCCGUCCCCUUCACGGGCUUAUCUUUUUUGCUUCUGGAAAGCUGAAUACGAUCCAAAUCAACUUAUGGGUCGCUUCAAAUGUUAGACAAUUUCUUGCUUGUUGGUUUUAGUAAUCUUUCCAGAAAAUGGAAAAGUAUUAAUGAGUCUUCCAAAGCCGAAGCAUCUAUAAUGAAAGGGUAUGCAAGCA